GCCAUUUAAUUUCAGGUGUUCACACUAAGCAGUCAUGUACCGACGAACAGUUUUGUUCCUAUGCUGCUCAAUGGCUUUUCAUACUGAAUUCUGUUUCUGUAAUGCGGAGGAUGAUUGGGAGUUGUAUGACGAAAUUCCAGAAGGCAAAAAUAAGGAAGACUUUCAAGAUGUGUAUGAGUUUAUGUACGAAAAGAAAUGGGAUUUUUGUGAAAAAAACUGUCUUGCAGAAAUAAGUAUGGCGCGCAAGUACAUUAAAAAGCCUCCUGCUGACAAAGACAAAAAAAAGUUCUGUGACCAGAAAACGGUCGAGGAUGGAAGACGUAAAAUAUGGCGCUUCAGAUGCCGAAGAAGGGAAGAAUUUUUGAAUAACGAGAACUGGAUAUCGCAGACAGUGGCUGAUUACCUAUGGGAUACUAAUUUGCAGAUAGAGGAGUACGCAGGUGUUUUUUGCGUUAUCAAAUAUCUGCGGAAGAGGUAUCCCGCAGGUGUUCCAACUCCAAAAGCUCGCUUUGAUCCAAGCAAGUUUAGAAAGCUCUUCAAGGAGUCAGCCGAGUGAAGCUAACGAGAAACAAAUAAUCUCUAUCCAUCUCUUCACUUACUUUCGUCAAAUUUGAUCAUUUUUGUGUUUGAACAUGUUACGAGACUUGACUGUGAAAUUUAGCUUGUAAGAUCAGGAUAAACUCGUAU